UUCAGUUCAUAAUUCACAUACGAUCGCAGUACUCCCCUGCGACCCCAAUGAACACGCCAGCGAUGGAAAUUAAUUAAAAAACAGUUUUUCCAUCGCUUGGUUCCACCAAUCUCGUUUGCGACUUUGCCACCAUCACCAUCUCAUCUCCUCUUGAACUGAUCAGCUCUUUUCUCUGGUUUACGGCCUCAAUUCUUGUUUUCCUCCGUUUCUUAUAUGGAGCUUUCUGUUUCCCUAUCUCUAUCCGUUCCGUCUCAUUCCCGUUCUCUUCCCUCGUUAUUUUUCUGUAGGCGGAAGAAACAUAAUGCUCUUUUGAUUUUCAGGAAUCCGAAUUCCACUUCCCGCAACUGCAAUUCCUCAACAAAGCUGUUCAAUUGGCUUCAAAAGAAUGUUAUCACAGCGUUAAAUUCAAUUCAGACUGGCGAUGGCGGUUUCGUGCUCGAAGAUGUUCCUCACUUAACAGACUUCCUCCCCGAUUUGCCUGCAUACCCAAAUCCUUUGCAAAAGAGUACAGCUUAUGCAAUUGUCAAGCAAAACUUCGUCAGCACAGAAGAUGUUGUAGCAAAAAAAAUUGUUGUUCAGAAGAACAGUCCUAGAGGGGUACACUUUCGGCGUGCUGGACCUCAAGAAAAGGUUUACUUUGAGUCAGAUGAAGUACGUGCAUGCAUAGUGACAUGUGGUGGCUUAUGCCCUGGAAUUAAUACUGUUAUUCGAGAGAUAGUAUGUGGCUUGAAUUAUAUGUAUGGUGUUGAAGACAUCCUCGGCAUUGAGGGAGGAUAUAAAGGAUUUUACUCUAAAAAUACAACUACUUUGACUCCAAAAGUUGUCAAUGACAUCCAUAAACGUGGUGGUACCUUUCUUCGCACAUCAAGGGGAGGUCAUGAUACUAAGAAAAUAGUUGAUAGCAUUCAGGACCGGGGCAUUAAUCAGGUAUACAUAAUUGGAGGUGAUGGCACUCAGAAAGGAGCAGCUGCUAUUUUUAAGGAAGUUGAAAAACGUGGUCUCAAAGUAGCAGUUGCUGGAAUCCCCAAGACAAUUGAUAAUGAUAUUGCAGUGAUAGACAAAUCUUUUGGUUUUGACACUGCUGUUGAAGAAGCUCAGAGGGCUAUUAAUGCUGCACAUGUGGAGGUUGAAAGUGUGGAGAAUGGUGUUGGCAUUGUGAAGCUUAUGGGACGAUAUAGUGGCUUCAUUGCUAUGUUUGCUACUUUGGCAAGUCGGGAUGUGGACUGCUGCUUGAUUCCUGAGUCUCCAUUUUAUCUUGAAGGUCAGGAUGGGCUUUUUGAAUUUAUAGAGAAGAGGCUUAAAGAAAAUGGGCAUAUCGUCAUUGUGCUGGCAGAGGGUGCUGGACAGGAGCAUGUUGCUCGGAUCAUGCAUGCUGUUGGUGAAAAAGAUGCAUCAGGGAAUAGAUUGCUUCUAGAUGUUGGGUUAUGGCUAUCUCAAGAAAUCAAGGAUCAUUUCACAAAGGAACGGAAAAUGGCAAUAAAUCUCAAGUACAUAGAUCCAACAUACAUGAUCCGAGCCAUUCCAAGUAAUGCAUCAGACAAUAUCUAUUGUACACUUCUUGCACAUAGUGCUGUUCAUGGAGCCAUGGCAGGGUACACAGGCUUCACAGUUGGACCUGUAAACAGCAGACAUGCUUAUAUUCCAAUUGCUCGUGUGACAGAGACGCAGAACACUGUCAAGCUGACGGACAGGAUGUGGGCUAGACUUCUUGCCUCGACAAAUCAACCAAGCUUCUUAAACUACAAUAAAGUGAUGCAAGAAAAGGCCGAAAAAGAAACCACUAAUUUGAUUGACAGCACAAGGACUUCUGUGUAAUUUAUACGAAGCUGUGGUUGGAAUUGCCAAAUUCAAAUUGGAUCAACAGCUAAACGCCAUCUCCCAUUGUUUUGACAGCUUCACGAAAUCUUUAUUUUAUUCUUCUCCAGAAAGUGAUACAAAGUUGGUUCUUGUUAAGUAGAGAUUUAGUGAUUAGGUCUUUUCAGUCUCAACUUCAAUAUGCUGACUACAUUUUCAGUUUGUUUAAUGUAAUCAGAAAUAGUAGGACAAGGCUUUUUCAAGUAUUGAGUACUCAGAAGAAGCUUGGCUGAGUUGAACCAACACUUCAUCAGUAAAUGUUUGUGCAGUAAGAUUUCUUAGUAGUUCAUGUACUUUGCUCCACCAUUUGUGGGUAGCAUAAUGAGAUGAACCCAAGGUUGGCAAGUA